AUGCUAAAGAGGUUAGACAUUCGUCAUUACUUUGUGAUUCUUAUCGUUCUAACACUCUUGGUCACUCUGUUUUUCUAUACCAAUGUUCUUCCGUCAACUGAGACUCUGGUUUCGAAAAACAUGAUUGCCGAGGACGUUUCGUCCUACACUACAUUGCCACAAAGAAAGAGUUUGCUGAUUGUCGGCCAAGGGCGUUCGGGGACAAGUUUUGUGUCGAUGAUGUUGGGAAUGGGAGAACGGGUGAGUAAAAAUGAUGUCUAAUGAGCACCCAAAAGGUUUUGCAAAUUGUAUCUUAAAAAACCUAUUUAUAAAUACACGCGCUAAAAAAAUCGGCACGGCACGCCAAAUUUUUGGCACCGUGCUGACGAUUUUAAGGCACGGCACUCCCAAUUUUCGACGUGUAAACGUAUCGGUCCUAAAUGUAAUGUGGCACCAGUGCUGAAAAUUUUAGGGGUGCCGAGACUACCUCUCGGAGGUAGUCUCGGCACGGGUAAACGAGCCACGGUGCCAAAAAUUUGGCGUGCCGUGCCGAUUUUUCUUUUUAGCGCGUGUAAAUGGGGUUAUAGUCUAACAUUACAGUGCAGAGACCAACGUGAAAGAUGAUAGUUAUGCAAAGAAGCUUAGAAUGGUUAUGUGUUAUCAAACGUGAACCAAUUCAGAAAACCGUGGCUGUACGACUGAGAUUGUGUGGUAUAUAUUUUUAAGCAGAGAAAGUAGGAAAAAAUACAUUCCAAUUAAACUUUUUGGACAUUGCUCCAACUAAUUUCCGCUCGUUUUAGUACAUGUAUGAUUUUAUUUUUGGUUGCUAUAAAAAUUCCUCCCAACCGUCGCUUUAACUGCUAAAAAGUUAGAAAGCUUGAAUUUCCCUACCUAACACGUUAAUCUUUCUAGAUCAGCUUCUAUGUUCCAACUUACAUAUAAUUCUUGAAACAGGCUAUAGGCGGAUUCAUCGUGUCGGUGACGUCAUUGUUUACAUUUUUGCUCAAAAAAAGGGACUGGUUCACGAUAAUGCGCAUGUGUGAGUUCUGACAGUAGCUGAUUGUUUUUAAGGUGGCCCGUUUCUAUUAAAAUGCGUGUUGAUUACGUUUUUGAUUCGCGUUUUUCAGAAUGAAAGAUUCAACCGAUUUCUAAGAUAUUUUGCAUCCUUAAUAAAUAAUGAUGGAACUUUAAGAAAAUGUUAUUUGUUUUCUUAUAGCUAUAAAAACUUUUGAGAUAUCGGCAUAUAUUUAAAACCUCAUUUUUACGAAAAAUGAAAAUAACUUCGAAAUCCCACGACAGAUUUUUCCCUAACUUCUUCAAAUAAGCCUCAGAGCUUUCUAGUUUUAUGUCUGCAAGUUUGAAGGCAAUCGUGACCGUAGAAAUCGCUCCGCAAAAUGUUGGUCAAAUUUAACAUGCUAAAAUGAUAGGCUAACACAUUUGUGAACGUAAACGCACAAAUAGCGGAAGAGAGCUGACAAACUACCUCUUAACUGAAACGUUGUUCUUACCCAAAGCAUUAUUGGAAGAAAAUGAGCAGUCGGACAACUACGGCGAACACAGUUAGCGCUUUAAUACAACCAACUUUCUGCUACAUGCGCGUAGAAAUUAAAUAUAUUCUAUUUAUCCCACUUACUCUGCAUUUGUCCGUUCAUUUUCGACAAAAAUAUUAAGAAAACAAAACAUAGCAUCUGCAGAAACCGCUUGGCAGUUUUUAGCUUCAAAGGUUCUCGUUCUGAGGCGAAAUAAGCCCGCUAGUACGAGAACACCUCGCCAUCCAAUUUUCAACUGCAAUGAAAACCCUCUCGCACGAUAAUAUAUUCAAGCUCUGACUUUCCUAUCACAUGCUCACGAGCAGUAUGCCACUUGGGACGCCUCUAUACUUUGACUUUUAAAUAAUUUGUCUACGAAGAACAUCGUUAAAAAAAAAAAAGAAAAAUUACUUAACUGAAAAUGAAAUAGUAGACAAGACACGUUUUGCAAACUAAGUGUUUAAUUAUGUUUAUACACAUUGUUAUAGGACUAAUAGGAGCAAAAAGGUUUUGUUAAUGACUGAUAGAAUCGUCAGAAAAGGCUUAUAAGGCCCCUAACAAAACAAGGGCAAAUUAUGCCAUAAAUUUGAUAGUAAAUAGAUUUCCAUAUGUAAAUAAUAACUAUUAUUUCCAAGUGGCAUACUGCUCGUGAGCAUAAGGUAGGAAAGUCAGAGGUCUUGAAUAUAUUAUCGUGCGAGAGGGGGCCUACACUUAAUUCCAUCCGCCAAACUGACGUUGACACAUUAAUGAUUCGUACACAAAGUAGGGUUAUAGUUUGGGUUAGGGUUAGGGUUAGGGUUAGGGUUAUAUAUUUAAAUCAAACUGGUAUUCGUCACCAAAUCCUCGGUGGUGUAGGGGUUAGAGUGAUGCGCGGUCGUCACUUGAUUCCAUCCACCAAACUGACAUCCUCCUCUCACAAGACAUUUCACUUUUCUUAUAUGAAAUUUCUUGAUGAAAUGUUCAUAAAAGUCAAAGUGUCUUCCAUUUUUAAG